CAGCAGAACCCCCGAGCUCCUCCUACUUUUUUCACACGACCCGUCCAGCCAGCCCAUUCCACAGCGCCGGCGAGGGGCGCGACAAGAAGCCGCCGCAUUUCUUGCGGCUGGGGCGGUGAUCGAUCUCCCCCGUCUCUUCCUCUCCCAAACGCGUAAGGAUGGGGAGGGCGCCGUGCUGCGAGAAGGUGGGGCUGAAGAAGGGGAGGUGGACGAAGGAGGAGGACGAGAUCCUGGGGAGGUACAUCAAGGAGCACGGGGAAGGGUCAUGGAGAUCGCUGCCCAAGAAUGCUGGGCUGCUGCGGUGCGGGAAGAGCUGCAGGCUGCGGUGGAUCAACUACCUGAGGGCGGAUCUCAAGAGGGGGAACAUCUCGGAGGAGGAGGAGGAGAUGAUCAUCAAGCUCCACGCCACCCUUGGCAACAGGUGGUCCCUGAUCGCCGGCCACUUGCCCGGCCGGACGGACAACGAGAUCAAGAACUACUGGAACUCGCACCUGAGCAGGCGGGCGGCCGACUUCCGCGACGGUGUCGUCGUCAACGUCGACCUCAGCAAGCUCCCCGGCGGCGGCAAGCGGCGCGGCGGCCGGGCUAGCCGCGGCAUCAUGGCUGCCGCCAAGGCGGGCAAGGAGAAGAAGGUGAAGGAGAAAGAGAAGGACAAGGGGAAGAACAAGGCUGCAGAAGCGGAGCAGCAGCUCAAGCUCGAGGAGGAGGACAUGGCCGUGUCGACACCGAGCUCUCACUCCCAGCCGUGCGCCACUGACAAGAGCGGCGAGGAGCAAGCGCAGGCCAGCGCCAGUGGCGUCACCUCUGAUGAUGGGCCCGAGGAGGACCCGCUGGCCCUGAGCGAGGAGAUGAUGAGUGCGCUUCUGGGCCCAGUAAGCCCAAAGCUGGAGGUGGGCCCGGACGGCUCGGGCAUGGACAGUGACAGUGGCCCGUCGUCCCUGGUCGUGGACAGCGAGAGUGGGCCUGGUGGGCCUACGGGGGACGUGGCCCAAGAGCUGGGCGAGAACGACAAGGCCAUCAUGGACUGGGACUUGAUGGCGCUGGACAUCUCGACCGCCGGUGACAUGUGGGACCCCCUGGUGUGGGACUACGCUGACAUGGACAUCGUGGUACCGGAUGGUGGGCACCAGCAGCAGCAGGAGGACGUGGUGUCAGACCUCUUCUUCCUGGACAACAUGUAGGAGGAAGUUGCUGGCUCUGUGCAUCUUUAGCUUGGCUUCUGUGAUGUUUUUAGCCUUUGAUCCGGUAGAGCUCGGUGUGUGUUUGGUGAUGAGUGAGAUAGGAGUGUGCUUCAGUGAGGUUUUUGUCCGUUGGGCUGGUCUGAUGAACGGUGAGAACGGAGAAAAAUGUGGAAAAAUAAGUGGCUCAAUUGACAGUAGACUCAAGCCCCUACUUCUAAUUAGGAGGCUAAGUAAAAAAAAAUGAAAUCCAAAUUC